AUGCCGGCCGGGUUUCAGCAACUUGGAGGGGAGACAUUGACUGGAACCUUUGUUCUCUCAGUCUUCACUGCUGUCCUGGGAUCUCUGGAGUUUGGAUACAAUAUCGGCGUCAUCAAUGCACCUCAGAAGAUCAUUGAGGCGGACUAUAAUGCUACAUGGGUGCACCGGUAUGGAGAGCCUAUCCCCACAGGGACCCUCACCUCCCUCUGGUCCCUGUCCGUGGCCAUCUUCUCCAUUGGUGGCAUGCUGUCCUCCUUCUGUGUGGGCUUCAUCUCCGAGUGGCUGGGCAGGAGGAAAGCCAUGCUCAUAAACAACAUGUUUGCCUUCAUUGGGGGGAGUCUGAUGGGGUUGUCCAAGCUCUGCCGCUCCUUCGAAAUGUUGAUCCUCGGGCGCUUUAUCAUUGGCAUCUACUGCGGGUUGGCAUCAGCCUUGACACCGAUGUAUGUGGGUGAGAUAGCUCCUACGAGUCUGCGAGGGGCACUGGGCACGCUGCACCAACUGGCUAUAGUCACUGGUAUUCUCAUAGCACAGCUCCUCGGUCUUGAGUCGUUACUGGGGGUUGAGGACUUGUGGCCAGUUCUGUUGGGUAUAGCCAUUGUGCCGGCUGUAUUUCAGAUGGCACUUCUGCCUUUCUGCCCCGAGAGCCCCCGCUUCCUCUACAUCAUCCGCUGCCAGGAACACCAAGCCAAGAGAGGCCUGAGGAGGUUGACGGGCAGGCAGGAGGUGGGCAGCAUGCUGGCGGAGAUGAAAGAGGAGAAGAGGAAGAUGGAUAUGGAGAGAAAGGUGUCCAUCCUGGAGCUCUUUCGCUCUCCGCUCUACCGCCAGCCCAUCAUCAUUUCCAUCCUGCUGCAGCUCUCCCAGCAACUGUCUGGGGUCAAUGCAAUUUUCUACUACUCCACCAGUAUCUUCAUGAAGGCAGGAGUCCAGAGUCCAGUCUAUGCCACCAUUGGAGCCGGGGUGGUAAACUGUGCCUUCACUGUGGUCUCGCUCUUCCUCAUAGAGAGGAUGGGUCGACGGACGCUCCACAUGCUGGGACUUGGUGGGAUGUGCAUCUGUGCCAUCGUCAUGACCACAGCUCUUGCUUUGUUGGACAGUGUCCCAUGGAUGAGCUACAUCAGCAUGCUGUCCAUCUUUGGCUUUGUGGCCUUCUUUGAGAUCGGUCCGGGACCCAUCCCUUGGUUCUAUGUAGCCGAGCUGUUCUCUCAGGGUCCAAGGCCAGCUGCCAUGGCUGUGGCUGGCUUCUCCAACUGGACCGCUAACUUCAUCAUCGGCAUGUGCUUCCAAUAUGUUGCUGACCUGUGUGGGCCAUAUGUUUUCCUGAUCUUUGCAGCACUCCUCCUCUUCUUCCUCAUUUUCACAUUCUUCCGGGUGCCAGAGACGCGGGGGAAAACCUUCGACCAGAUCGCCGCAAACUUCGAUCAGCACUCUGCAGCAGGAAUGAUGGACAUGGACAUGGACCUGGACAAGCCCAGCACAGAGCUGGACUACUUGGGGGAGGAAAGCAUCAACUGA